AUGCCUACCACAGAGAGCAUUACCGACGAAUAUGUUAUUAUAUCUCCAUUGUUGAACACAACAUUCGGGUCAUUGAAUGAGUCGAAUGUAUCGGCCGAGGGCAAGGCAAUAUUUUUCGUUCAGCUCUUGGAAGCUGUUGCAUUUCUUCACGAGAAUGGAUUCUGCCAUCGGGACAUCAAGCCAGAAAACAUACUCGUGAGAAGUUACGAGCCACCUGAGGCAAUGCUCACCGAUUUUGGAUGCGCCUCCGACAAAGAAACGAUAAUGUACGAUUGGCCAGGAACUGUACCUUACCUUGCACCCGAGCAAGCCGAAGGCAAAACUCACGGCCGUGCCGUUGAUUAUUGGAGUUGUGGUCUAGUUGGCGUGGAGCUGAGUCUAGGUGGACGAAUCAAAUCGAGGCUCAUGCCUGGUCCCAACUUGAUGGCUGUUCACGAACAUCUCCGAAAGGAAAACACACCUUUAGCUAAAUGUUCACGGGCUAUGUUGGAAGAAGAUCCGGAAACUCGUAUGACGGCUGCCCAGAGUUUGAACUUCUUUUCUAGCUUGAAGGAAACUGGCCUAUCUCUUUCCUCUCCGACAAUGGCUUACCAACUAAGCUUCGCGGGAGAAACCAACCAACGCUUAUUGCAAAAUCAAAAGCCAAAGAGUCGGUUAGCAUCUGACUUUGCGACACACCGCGAGAUCCAAGAGCCGUAUAAUGCACCCUCGGCUUCAACUCGCUCAAAAGCGAGGAAAUGGGCGAAUCUCCCGAGUCUCAACGCCGAAAUAAACUCAAGCGAAAGACCGAACAAACAGUUAAAAAAGGGAAACUGGCUCGGAAAAAUGGCCCCCAAUGGCUGA